GCUGCUGGGAAGGUGGCAGCGGUGGCGGUGGCGGCGGCGGCGGCGGCGGGCCCGGAGCAAGAUGGCGCUGCGGCCGGGAACGGGAGCUGGCGGCGGCGGGGCCGCGGGAGCUGGCGCGGGGGCUGCCGGGGGCGGCAGCUUCAUGUUUCCAGUUGCAGGUGGAAUAAGACCCCCUCAAGCAGGUCUGAUGCCGAUGCAGCAACAAGGAUUUCCUAUGGUCUCCGUCAUGCAGCCUAAUGUGCAAGGCAUGAUAGGAAUGAAUUACAGCUCUCAAAUGUCCCAGGGACCUAUUGCUAUACAGGCAGGGAUACCAAUGGGACCAAUACCAGCAGGAGGAAUGCCUUACCUGGGACAAGCACCAUUCCUAGGAAUGCGUCCUCCAGGCCCACAGUACACUCCAGACAUGCAGAAGCAGUUUGCCGAGGAGCAGCAAAAACGAUUUGAACAGCAGCAAAAGCUCUUAGAAGAAGAAAGAAAAAGACGCCAGUUUGAAGAGCAGAAGCAAAAGCUCAGACUUCUGAGUAGUGUGAAACCCAAGACAGGAGAGAAGAGUAGAGAUGAUGCUUUGGAAGCCAUAAAAGGAAACUUAGAUGGGUUUUCCAGAGACGCUAAGAUGCAUCCUACUCCGGCAUCACACCCUAAGAAACCAGAUUAUCCCACAUCAUUUCAUUCUGCUAAAACUGUCUCCCCAUCACCUGCCUUUCUUGAUGAAGAAGAAUUCAGUGACUUUAUGCAGGGGCCUGGUGAAGCUCCCACAUGUGGGUCUUCUUCCACUUCCCAGCCUUUUCAGUCUUUCCACCCCACCACUCCACUUGGCCAGUUGCAUGCUCAGAAGGCUGGAGCACAGUAUAUCCCUCCAGGUCAGAGUCCAGUGUCUGUUGCCUUACAUGGUGUCCCUGGGCAAAUUCCGUAUUUCUCUACUGCUUCAACCUCAUACAAUAUGCAGAAAGCAGGCCCUUCCUUGGAGGAGAAGCUCCUAGUAUCUUGUGAUAUAAGUACAUCGGGGCAGGAACAAAUUAAAUUAAAUACUUCUGAAGUUGGGCACAAAGCCCUAGGCCCAGGUUCCAGUAAGAACCAUCCCAGUUUAACGGCCAAUAACGGGGGUGCUGUAGAUGGACGUGUAAGUGGUACCACUACCGCAGAGGCAGAAAAGACUUCAGACCAAAACCUGUCCAUUGAGGAGAGUGGUGUGGGAGUAUUUCCCUCACAGGAUCCUGUUCAGCCCAGAAUGCCUCCUUGGAUAUACAAUGAAAGUUUGGUUCCAGAUGCAUAUAAGAAAAUUUUAGAAACCACAAUGACUCCGACUGGAAUAGAUACUGCUAAACUUUAUCCCAUCCUGAUGUCAUCUGGACUUCCCAGGGAAACUCUUGGACAGAUAUGGGCCUUAGCUAAUCGAACCACACCUGGCAAACUUACUAAAGAAGAACUUUAUACUGUUCUCGCCAUGAUAGCAGUAACACAGAGGGGUGUUCCUGCCAUGAGUCCCGAUGCUUUAAAUCAGUUUCCAGCGGCUCCUGUUCCAACUUUAAGUGGCUUUCCUAUGACUUUGCCUACUGCUGUGAGUCAGCCAACUGGGAUGCCUUCAGGCCCUGCAGGCUCCAUGCCCCUCACCCUCGGACAGCCAGUCAUGGGCAUUAAUCUUGUUGGACCAGUCGGGGGAGCUGCAGCCCAGACUCCCAGUGGCUUCAUGUCAACUUACCCUGCAAAUCAGGUUGUCAAACCAGAAGAAGAUGACUUCCAGGAUUUUCAAGAUGCUUCCAAGUCAGGAUCCCUUGAUGACUCAUUCAGUGAUUUCCAAGAGUUGCCUGCUUCUUCAAAAUCAAAUUCUCAGCACGGAAACAGUGCCCCUUCUUUGUUGAUGCCACUUCCUGGAACUAAAGGAUCAGCUUCAGUGGAUAAAUAUGCUGUGUUUAAAGGAAUUGCAGCUGACAAGUCCUCUGAAAAUACUGUUCCGUUUAGAGAGCCUGGUGAUAAAUAUAGUGCUUUCAGAGAACUUGAACAGACAGCAGAGAGUAAAUCUUUAGGAGAAAACUUUGCAGAAUUCAGAUCUGCGGGAAAUGAUGAUGGUUUCACCGAUUUUAAAACCGCCGAUAGUAUCUCACCACUAGAGCCACCAGCAAAAGACAAACCUUUUCCGGCAGCCUUCCCCUCAGGAGCUAUCCAACAGAAACCACAAACACAGGUGAAAAAUCCUCUGAACUUAGCAGACCUAGAUAUGUUUUCCUCAGUUACUUGCAGCAGUGAGAAACCAUUGUCCUUUUCAGCUGCAUUCAGUGCAUCAAAAUCUGUUUCCUCACGACCCCAGCUCACGGGAUCUGUGGCACCCAUGACGACAUUGGCGUCAACUAAAACUUCUAGUUUGGCUGAUGAUUUUGGAGAAUUCAACCUUUUUGGGGAAUAUUCUAGUCCAGCAUCUGUUGGGGAGCAGGAUGACUUUGCAGAUUUUAUGGCUUUCAGUAAUAGUUCUAUUUCAUCUGAGCAAAAGGCAGAUGACAAAUAUGAGGCCCUUAAAGAGGAAAGUAGUCCGGUUCCUCUAAGCAGCAGCGUGAGCAGCACAGUGAAGAACGGACAGAGCUCUGCCGCUGCGUCUACCAAAUACGAUGUCCUCAGACAGCUCUCUCUGGAAGGAUCGGGACUAGGUGUUGAAGAGCUGAAAGAUAACACUCCUUCAGGAAAGAGUGAUGAUGAUUUCGCUGACUUCCACUCCAGUAAAUUUUCUUCCAUGAGCUCGGACAAAUCCCUGGGUGAGAAAGCAGUGGCUUUCAGACACACCAAAGAAGACUCUGCUUCGGUGAAGUCCUUGGAUCUCCCUUCCAUUGGUGGCAGCAGUGCUGGCAAGGAGGACUCUGAAGAUGCACUCUCUGUUCAGUUUGACAUGAAACUGGCUGAUGUGGGAGGAGAUCUUAAGCAUGUCAUGUCUGAUAGCUCUUUGGAUUUACCAACAGUUAGUGGCCAGCAUCCUCCUGCUGCAGAUGUAGAGGACUUAAAAUGUGCUGCUUUUGGAACCUACAGUAGCAAUUUUGCAGUGAGCACACUUACGAGCUAUGACUGGUCAGACAGGGAUGAUGCCUCUCAGGGCAGAAAACUCUCUCCAUUUGUCCUCUCAGCAGGAAGCAGGGCCUCCUCAGCUGCCUCAGCUCUUCAAAAGAAAGAGACUUCAUUUGGCAGUACCGAAAACCUCACCAUGACACCUCUCUCCAAAGUCACAACCCUCACAAGCGAGGAUGCUCUUCCAGAGACGACCUUUCCGGCUUUUGCCAAUUUUAAAGAUGUGAUCCCACAGGCCAGCGAGCAAAAGGAAUAUAAAAGCGAGGACUACAGGGAUUUCGCCAGACAGGACCUGCCUGCGGCUGAACGGAGCCAAGAGGCCACGUGCCCAAGCCCAGCCCCCAGCAGCGCUUCUCACGACACCCCCAAAGAAUGUGCAGAUGACUUUGGAGAGUUUCAAAGUGAAAAGCCCAAAAUCAGCAAAUUUGACUUUUUAGUGGCCAAUUCACAAGGCAAAAUGAAAUCCAGUGAAGAAAUGAUCAAAAGUGAGCUGGCAACCUUUGACCUUUCCGUUCAAGGAUCGCACAAGCGGAGUCUGAGCCUUGGUGAUAAAGAAAUAAGCCGUUCUUCUCCUUCUCCGGCCCUGGAGCAGCCUUUCAGAGACCGCUCCAACACACUGAGCGAGAAGCCCGCCCUGCCCGUCAUCCGCGACAAGUACAAAGACCUGACAGGAGAGGUGGAGGAGAAUGAGAGAUAUGCAUAUGAAUGGCAGCGGUGCCUAGGGAGUGCCCUAGAGGUCAUUAAGAAGGCCAAUGAUACCUUAAAUGGAAUCAGUAGUAGUUCUGUGUGCACAGAAGUAAUUCAGUCAGCUCAAGGCAUGGAAUACUUAUUAGGUGUUGUUGAGGUGUACAGGGUAACCAAACGUGUGGAGCUGGGGAUAAAAGCCACUGCAGUGUGCAGUGAGAAACUCCAGCAGUUGCUGAAGGACAUCGAUAAAGUAUGGAAUAACCUAAUUGGCUUCAUGUCACUCGCCACACUCACGCAAACACCCAUCAGGACUCAGCCACCGUGUUUGGAAGUUCUCAGAAGCAUUCUCUGCCACCACGCUCCUUUCCCCUUGAGUCGGCCUGAUGAAAAUUCACUGGAUUUUUCCUCUUGUAUGCUACGGCCCGGGAUUAAAAACGCUCAGGAGCUUGCUUGUGGGGUGUGCCUUUUAAACGUGGACUCCAGGAGCCGGAAAGAAGAGAAGCCUGCAGAAGAACAUCCUAAAAAAGCGUUCAACUCGGAAACGGACAGCUUCAAGCUGGCGUAUGGAGGACACCAGUAUCAUGCCAGCUGUGCCAAUUUCUGGAUCAACUGUGUCGAACCAAAGCCUCCCGGCCUCAUCCUGCCUGAUUUGCUCUGAAAUUCCUGAAAGCUCCUGUGGGAAGUACUGCCUGAGUUUAUUUUCCAUCACACCCCUUGGGGUGACAGGGACCAAUAAACAGAAUGCGAAUGCUGCAGAGCUCCCCCCACCGCCAUCAAUCUACGUGAAGAAAUCCUCAGGAGGUGGCGGGGGAGGAAGUGCUGCAGAAGUUCCCAGUCUUUCCCCCCAACGACCUUUGCCCCCAGGUUCCCACAGCCAGUCUUUGGUAUUCGAGGUAAAACUGCUCUACCCAAACUGCACUGGAAGUUUGCUGACUUAUCUCUAGUUCUCUUAAGAUGUUUUAAAACAUGGACCACAAUUUUCUUUAUCUAAGGAAUAUUUGCUGCUGCAGUAUUGAAACUGUGAAGAAUUGACAUUUGAAGAAAAAUAAAUUAUUGCUAUAGGACUGGAGUUGGAAGGAUGUUUUGAUCCAGUGUUUGUGUGUAUCUAGAACACUUACUGUUCUGUGAAGUAGAAUGCAUUUAUCCGCAUUUAGUUUAAUAUCUGAAAUGAAUAAAAAGGGGGAAAUUGUGAUUAAACUGGUAUUCUUUUUAUAGAAAAAAAUCUGUUUCUCUCCAUUGGACAAUGACAGGUGGGUGAGGGCAGACUUACCAGCUUUACUGUCGCAACCGACCCAGUUCUCUACUCUUUUCGUUCAUUUCUAAGACUGUCAACUUAUAAGAAAACUUUCUCAAAACAUGCCUGGGAACUUUGCAGUGAGAAGAAUGUUCAUUUUGACAGAGGCCUGAACCUCAGUGUAUCGGGGUGAAUAUCGUUGCCCUUAGGCGCCUUCAGUGAAAGCCUUGUUUUACCUCACACACAGACUGUGAACGUGAUACUUUUUUCAGAUGAGAUUUGGAAAGCCAGCUGAAUGAAAUCUCUUUGCAGAGGCCUCUAGCCAAAUUUCCAGAAAUGACUGCACAGGGACCAAUACCGCAGUAUCUCUGUGAGAGACGGGGAAAUUAAUUCAGGGUUAGAAGGUGGAGCUCCUGGCCUAGCAAGGAGAAAAGUAAGGUGUGUAUUUGUGGUAGAGGCACAUGACUUAGAAGCAAAGGCAGGAAACUGUUCAAAAACAGCACUGAAUUUUAGAAGGAAAAGGCUUAUGCUCUCUGGUAUAGGGAAUUUUCUUUGCCACUUAAAAUGAAUGCAUAAAAUCAGGGGGAUAAAAGCCAAGUGGUUAAAGACUGUUAUUCCUGGGAAGAACCCACCAAACUAGGACACGUUUCUCUCAAUUGUUAAUUACGUGCUUUACGAAGAGAUUUUGAAUCUUGGGUGUUUCACUUUGUAUGGCUUAAGCUCUCUGACCUAGACUUAGUUUUUAUUUGUAAACUGGAAGAGUUGGUUUUGUCUGUGUAAUUGCUGCUUUACAUAAUUAAUUAGAUCGUUUUCCCUCCUGAGGACAAAACUGGAGGAAAUUGUUUUGUUCCACCUUACUACCUCUUACUUCCAUCCGCUCCAAGAAAGGUAGACAUUUUCAUUCCCGAGCUCCUGAAGAGGCUUCUGCUUCACCUGGCUGCGCGCCCGAGUGCACAGAGAACUGUUGAUGAGGUAAAUCUGUUUUUCUCAUUUGCUCCAGAUGAUACCAUGUCCAGCUACUAAUGCCUGGGACAGCUGUCUCUGAAUCGUUACCUUUGCCCUCCACAGAGCCAGUGGGUGUUAGUGACAACACAAGUGGGCUGGUUUCUAGCAGGUUUUGCCUGAGGCCUCUGGGUUCCACUUCAGCCUGUGCAGCACCUAGGGUUUCAACAUGGCACCAGAUUUCAAGCAGCCUUCUAAGUGGUCUCAUACAUUCCAUGAUAGACCAUGAUAAGAAAAUCUACCUUCGCGACAAGAAGUGUCUCGCAGUUGGACAGAAUUUACAUUGCAGAGACAUUUUUCGGACAUGCUGUGUGGACUACUGUUCCGUCACAGUGGUCCAUAUUGAUGACAUUUCAAAAAGUAUGCUCACCUGUUAACUAGAUUGGCUUCCAUUUCUAGAUAUAUUCCAGAAUGCCUCAGAUAAAAGUCCUAAGUAUAAUUACUGCUGACCUUACCAAGUAUGAUAGGUUUAGUCACUCCAUGGGAGGUGCCAGGGGAAAAUACAGCAGACAUCAAUAAAAAGCCUUUGCUAUAAAGAGUAUUCACUACUUUCAGUAUCUGUUUAGUACUGGAAAUGUUUUAUUAGAUCCACCAGUAAAGAUUUGGGGAGUGUGGAAUACCGUUGCAUUGAUUUUCUUUAUGCAGGUUUAUUAAAAUGUGUCAACACUGCAUGCAGCUUCACCUCAGCGCUUGCUAGCCAAGAGCCCAGUGUCCUUGGAAACAGUAACCAAGGUUACUUACUUCCAUAUAGUGCAUUGUGCAAGCUGCUUCACCCCCUUCUUGAGUGGCAGUUGGUAAGCAGUUUUGGUGUUGUAUUUUGCCUUUAAAUUUUUUAUGGCUUAGUGUGUCAUUUUUGUCUGGACAUGCUUGAGGUAGAAGCAGCACAGGGUAUAUUAGGAUAUUAUCCAUGCUUUAUUUUUCCUGUGGCUACUAGUUAGUUCAUAUAGGUUGCAUAUUUUAAAUUAUUUGAGUAUCUUUUGUGUGCAUAUGCAUAAUUCUUCGCUGAUUUACAGAUGCCUUCGACUUGCCUUUUAUUUAAUGACUAGCGUGUUCUUAAGAUUUGAAAUUAUAGGGCCUUUAUGUUAUAGAAAUCUGAAAUGUUUGCUCUGCACUGGGGAUCACUACAAAAUAUCCUGUCACACCUUGGAGGUCACGUACCUUCCUUCGUGACCUUUAGCUAAUAAACUCCAACAUUUAGAUUGGAAAGGUGUUAGGCUUCCCAAGUGCUAAGUUACAUCCCAGUAGCGGCAUUUGCCAGGAUUUCUGCAGGAACUUUUUCUUAAUUACCAAGAACAUUCUCUUGCUGUGUACAAUUUGAGUUUUGCACAUUUAUCCAGAGACUACCAGACUUACUAGAGUUUGCCUCCAUACUGUAGAAGCCGUAGCCUCCACAGCCAGUUUGUUUUUUCUGAUUGAUUUUUGAUCAUGUGCUGCUGAGGCAUUUAUGGGGUGCUCUGAUUUCCCAUAGAAACUAUUAAUUUCAUUUUAAUUUUCCCUUCUAGGCAGUAAUGGUGCAUGCUUAUAAAAGUGGACAAAGUGUAUAAAAUAAGAAAAGGUGGAAUUUAGAGGGAAACCAUUGCCACAAACCAGGUAAAAUCUGGAGGAUAUAAUGUAUAGAAAUAUGUGGCUACUGGCAUUAUAUGUAGGGCUUCUUGCCAAAAAGACUGAAAAUCUAGGAAAUUUUUCUACAGAUAAGCAAGGAAAUGAAGUAAAACAAAGCCGUUGCUGGGACAAGCCGCUCCCCUAUAAAAGCAAGGAGCAACCUGCUAACAAACACCCAGUGGUUUCCCAGGAGCGUGCAAUAGAGAAGAGCUAAUAGAAACUUCUACCAAGUCCCAUCCAGUUUCUGGGGGCUUCCCUGGUGGCGCAGUGGUUAAGAAUCCGCCUGCCAAUGCAGGGGACACGUGUUCAAGCCUUGGUCCGGGAAGAUCCCACAUGCCGGAGAGCAACUAAGCCCAUGUGCCACAACUACUGAGCCUGCACUCCAGAGCCCAUGUGCACAAUGACUGAAGCCCACAUGCCUAGAGCCCGUGCUCCGCAACAAGAGAAGCCACCGCAAUGAGAAGCCUGUGCUCCGCAACGAAGAGCAGCCCCCACUGGCCACAACUAGAGAAAGCCUGCGCGCAGCAACGAAGACUCAGUGCAGCCAAAAAUAAAUACGUUUUUAAAGUUUAUAAAAAAACAAAAAAAGUUUCUUUGAUGGAGGACUCACUGCUUUGGUGCCCUCCAGUUCCCAAGAGACAACUGAAAACUGUACCUUUUAUUAGAGUGUACACUGUGCUGUUUUCUACUGUUCCAACACUGUGAGUGAGGUUAAUACCUGCCCAUCUGCAAGGAUGGGCAGUGCUGACAUGAUUCAAGGGGGAUGUCUGAUUUAAGGAGCAUUCAUAAUUAUCACAGGAGCCGUAUUUUAAUAGCUGUUGGAGAGCAUCUUUCUUCCCUCAUCCACACACAUACACACACACACACCCUGAAAUUCUUAUCAGUAAAAAUUCCAAUAUGUUAAGCAGAUAUAUUUAUUAAAAAUAAUGCUAAUAUAGUCCUGGGGCACACUGAUUCCAACAGAGUGUUUGCAGAUUCCAUUAUAAUUAACAGCUAAAUAAUAAAGGCUUGUUUUUUAACUUACAGAGUCACUAAAUAAUAGGAGGAAAGGAAAGAGGGCUGAUCCAGUAGAGACUGACACUGGUAUCAAUGUUCCCUAAGCAUUUGUUUGGUCGGCAGCCUUGGGCAAAGCGUGUAUCUAAAGGGUUAAUCGGGGCCCAAAGUGAUUUUUUGCACUGAGCUCCUCCCAUGAUGCCAAAAGGCAUGGGAUUGAGAAUAGAGCAGAACCAGUUUAUUAAACUGUUCAAAUUGUUAAAAAGGAUUAAAAGCCAGUUAAAGAUUUUCAUAAACACUAUUCCAAAAUGUUAGUUUUAAAAAUGUCAGUAGCCAUGUAAGCAUUCCCCUUACGUUCCUCCCCUCCCUCCUUUCUCUCUUAAGAUAGACAUGAACACCCAGUGUAAAAAACACUUCAGGGAGAACCAAAAGUCAACCAUUUGGAAAGAAAGGUGAAGAGGGGAGCAGACGCGUGCAGCAGAUGCUGGUACUGCUCAAGGGGCUGCUGAUGCAGGCUUUGGUGACUUAUAUCCCCCAGUAAGGCAUCAGGUGUCGGGACUCCUUCUCGUAAACGUCUGGAACUAUGCCAUAAGGUGUCUGUACCAUUUUAACUGUCGACUUCCCAAAGAGCUGGCGCUCGUAGUCUAUCAGCUGCCUCCAGAAGCCCACGUUGGGCCUGAUGACGGGCCUCCGGGCUUUCACCCAGGUGUACGCCUCCAGCAGGCACACGUUGUGGUAUUUCAUCAGGUAUGCGAUGCAGAGCGUGGCCGAGCGGCUGACCCCUGCAGCACAGUGCACCAAGGUGGCCCCGUGUUUCCUGCUCACGCUGUGGAUCUUGUCAGCCACGGUGUCAAAGUAGAGUCCAAUGGGGGCAUGAGGCAUGUCAGCCAGAGGCACUUUAACAUAUUCAAACUGGGGCCAGUUGAAAUUGGGGAUCUCGAUGGUAGCAUUAACAAUGCAGGUGAUGCCACGAGCCUGGAGGAGGUGCCGGUUGGAGGCUAUACUGCCUCUGCCCAGGAAGAGCGAGGAAGUGAUUUGAGCAAUGCCUCCUAUGUCUCCCUCAGAAAUCAUCCGAGGGGCCAUGAGAGUCCGUGGUAGCGUGCUGUGACCUCUGGAGCUCAUGAAGACGCCAGCAGUCACACUUGCAUCAUUGGAAGUAAGACCAGAGUGUUUUGUUUUCCUCCACCAAGGAACUGGAAAUUACAGUCACUUUCCUGCAAAAUACAGGUAUAUAUCAGUACUUUAAAUGCUACUGAUUCAUCACAGCCUUCUGCAGUGUUUGUGGAAUGGGAAGGUAAAAGGAUUAGAAAUGCUUAUUUUCUAUAAUGUGUGCUUUCCAGGACGUAGACAAAUCAUUUUCAUCGAUUAACAGUUAGGAAAAGUAGUCUAAGAUGCCAAUAUGCAAAACCAAUGUAAAAGUCAGCACUCUGGUGAUUUUUUUUUUUUUAAAGGCACUAAAUAGAAAGUCAUCCUAUUUUAGGAAAAGUUAAAGACAGAAAGAAGCCCAACUACUCCCUGAACAACAACCUUGCAGGGUCUUGCUCUUAUUGAAGGGAGUGGUGUUCCCUGGUAAUCAGGAAGAAAUCAGAACUUGUGAUCCUUUCUGUGGCCAUGUUCUUUCAUAUACUUCUCUUGCCUACCUCCACAUCCAUGAUGGCCAUAUUCUCCUAAACCUAAAUCUAGACAUAGAGAUCGUACAUAGAUUAUACUUACAAAGUAUAAAAACGAUAUCGCUUUAGGUAAUACAUCCAAUGCAUGGCCUUUGCAGACUAAAGAGAUACUGAAUUGGAUCAGUUACAGAAAAGCCAGGACAUAUGGUCACCUUAGCCCUUUAUAAUUUAAAAAACAGCUAACUAUCAUAUUUGUGACAUUUGAAUACCUGUGCUAUGUCAUUUCCGUGGAAACAAUCCUAGGCAAUUUGAAGGCCAUGGUCUCAAAAAUUCAUUCGUCUAAGUUAAUGAGCAUUUUAGCUGACCUGACCCCGGGUGUGGCUAAAUUACUUCACCUUCCUCAGCCAAUUCUAAGCUCCAAGAUGUAUCCCACUGGCUUAAGAUGUAUUGGAAUUAAAAUUUAACAUUUGAACAUCUAUAUUUCAUUAGUACAGUAGUUAUUAUAAAAGACAUUCAAUAUUAUAUAAUCUCUAUGUAGUCUUUCAUACCACUUUAUAGUCUGUGCCCUCUGAGAAGUGUGCUUAUCCCCACCCAGGGUACCGUAGGGAUGCCCACGGUGAUUUCAGUUAGACAGGAACAUCCCCGGUUCCACAGACUGGUGAUGUUGGGACUACUCACUUGAGGAGUCUGAUUACUCUGGCGUCCUGCGUCUGCAAAGUCCUAAGUGAGUGAGUGCUGAUGAGAGUGGAUACAACUCAGAUCUGCAGAAAGACAAAGAGGCAAGAAUAUGGUCAAUCAGGAAGUUCAAAAGAAUUCCUCCUGGGUUUUGUUUGUUUGUUUACGGUACGCGGGCCUCUCACUGCUGCGGCGCACAAGCUCCUGACGCGCAGGCUCAGCGGCCAUGGCUCACGGGCCCAGCCAAUCCACGGCACGCGGGAUCCUCCCGGACCGGGGCACAAACCCGCAACCCGUGCAUCGGCAGGCGGACUCUCAACCACUGCGCCACCAGGGAAACCCUCCUCCUGGGUUUUUACUACGAAAUUGGGUUUGACUGGAAUAAAUCUAGGAAGUGGAAAGCAUGUUAAAUAUAUCUCCAUGUGCCUUUAAAGAAUGUGCCAGUAAGAAAUAUCAACCCAAGUCUCAGAUUUCUGUUAAUGACACACAACCCACGGUGUGAAAAAUAUUAAGUGCUGUUUUGGCCACAACCGAGAUGAAUUUGAGAGGAGAUUCAGAGACUACAACAUGCUGAAAUGUAAGGCUCUGCUCAGGGGGCCAGCAAGAGAUGCAGAGCAAGCUGGACUCUCUUCCCUGUGCCCACAGUCCACCUGGUAGUGUGGGACUGUUUGCAGCGUGCUAGAUGCUACAGUGGGUGCAGCAGCCAGCCAGCUUUGUGAAGAGCCGUGCUGCAGAGGUGGCUGCAGCUCUGAACGUCAACUACAGGAGGUGCUGGUGGUGGACAGCAAUUUGAAAUUGCUUUCAUUUUGUAUUCUCUUCCAGGUUGGCCCUCUUAUUUACUCAUUUAUGUAACGAUAUGAACACCAAUCAGUAUCAUUAAAAAUGUGUUCCUUCCCCAGUGGCAUGCAAAUCAAUGAAGUUAGAACACACCCUCACAAAACAUAACUCAAAAUGGCUUAAAGACUUAAAUAUAAGACAUGACACCAUAAAACUCCUAGAAGAGAACACAGGCAAAAACAUUCUCUGACAUAAAUUGUACCGCUGUUCUCUUAGGUCAGGCUCCCAAGGCAACAGAAAUCAAACAAAACCAUAAACAAAACAAAACGACAACCUACAGACUGGGAGGAAAUAUUUGCCAAUGAUGCCACUGACAAGGGCCUAAUUUCCAGUAUAUACGAACGGCUUAUACGACUCAACAACAAAAACACAACACAAUUGAAAAAUGGGCAGAAGACCUAAACAGACUGCUCCAAAGAAACACGGACAGCCCAUAAGCACGUGAAAAGAUGCACAACAUCGCUAAUCAUUACAGAAAUGCAAAUCAAAACUACAAUGAGGUACCACCUCACACCAGUCAGAAUGGCCAUCAUCAAAAAGUCUACAAACAAUAAAUGCUGGAGAGGGUGUGGAGAAAAGGGAACCCUCCUGCACUGUUGGUGGGAAUGUAAACUGGUGCAGCCACUGUGGAGAACAGUGUGGAGGUUCCUCAAAAAACUGGAAAUAGAGUUGCCAUAUGAUCCUGCAACCCCACUCCUGGGCAUAUACCCAGACAAAACUGUAAUUUGAAAAGAUACAUGCACCCCUAUGUUCAUAGCAGCACUAUUUACAAUAGCCAAGACAUGGAAACAGUCUAAAUGCCUAUCGACAGAUGAAUGCAUAAAGAUGCGAUACAUAUAUACAGUGGAAUACUACUCAGCCAUAAAAAAAGAAUGAAGUAAUGCUAUUUGCAGCAACGUGGAUGGAUCUAGAGAUUCUCAUUCUAAGCGAAGUCAGAAAGAGAAAGACAAAUACCAUAUGAUAUCACUUAUAUGUGGAAUGUAAAAUACGACACAAAUGAGCAUAUCUACAAAACAGACUUACAGACAUAGAG